AUGGCGCCCGACCGCCCCUUAGAAGCCUUCCGCGCCGCCGCCCGUGGCGCCAUCGCGCACCUUCACCUUCCCGUCAUCCACAUCCCCGGAUCCAAUUCCAGUCCCAAUCCCAACCCCAAGCAGCAGGAGGAACCCGAGGCCGACUGCCUGCUCCACCUCCACGUCGUCGUCACCAACUUCCUCCACAAGCCCCUCAAGUCAUUCGCCAGGUGCUUCAAGCCCAAGCGGCGGGGAGGCAAACACUCCCCGCCGCUCCACUGGGAUCACAGCAAUGGCGCCACCCCGCAGCAGCAGCUGGAGCUCCUGCUCUGCAUUGCGUUCGACGCCUUCGCCCACAACCUGCACUUGCUGGAGGACGCCUGCAGGCAGAAAAGUGAAGAAUUUGGUAUGGCUACCCGACAGUUGGAGCAAUUUGUGGUUCUCAGGAAGGUAAUCGAUGGGAAGAGGGCCGACUUCGAUGGGUUCCUUUCCAACCUGGGCUUUGCAAAGGUUGGGGCACCGCCAGCAAGGAUCAUGGGUGGUGCGUCCCCUGUCCCAGCACCAGCACCGGUCAGCGACCAGGAGGAUGGUGCUGGAAUUGGGGACGACGAGGGCGUGGACAAAGCUAGCGGUACACAACAGCAGGCACAGAGAUUGCCUGCCCGGUUGCUUAACAUUCCUUUGUCGAAUGUGGAGCGUCUGCGGUCUACACUGUCUGCAGUUUCACUGACGGAGCUCAUUGAAUUAGUCCCGCAGCUGGUGAGCAGAUCAUCAACAUCGCCAGAUGCACAUCCUGACAAGAAGAGGCUUUUCUCAGUGCAAGACUUCUUCAGAUAUGCAGAAAUUGAAGGAAAGCGGUUCUUUGAAGAGUUAGACAGAGAUGGUGAUGGCCAAGUCACUCUAGAAGAUCUCGAAAUUGCAAUGAGGAAGAGGCGGUUACCAAGGAGCAAGUCUGGAACACUUCACAAGAAUCAAAUUUUGACUUCCUUGAAAGGUGCUGGACUUCCGCCAAUGAAGAUAAUGCCGCUGCCAUGCUCACGGUAUCUAAAUUCUGAUUCAGAAGGAUCAAUCUCAUAUGGCCAUUUCCGAACUUCAUGCUUCUACUUCCUUGAGAACGCCUUUGAGGAUGAUCCUCGGAACAUUUGGUUUGAAGCAGCCACUGUUGUUGCUGUCCCCCCACCUAUAGAAAUAUCCACAGGAAGUGUUUUGAAGUCUGCUCUAGCUGGAGGUCUUGCAAGUGCACUCUCUACCUCUCUGCUGCAUCCUAUUGAUUCAAUGAAGACACGUGUCCAAGCAUCUACGCUCUCAUUUCCAGAGCUCAUUUCAAAGCUUCCACAAAUUGGGCUUCGAGGAUUGUAUCGAGGUUCUAUCCCAGCAAUUCUCGGCCAGUUUUCAAGCCAUGGCUUGAGGACAGGAAUCUUUGAAGCAAGCAAGCUUGUAUUAAUUAAUGUUGCUCCAACACUUCCAGAGAUUCAGGUGCAAUCAAUUGCGUCCUUCUGCAGCACAGUCCUAGGGACUGCAGUCCGUAUCCCUUGUGAGGUUCUUAAGCAGCGUUUGCAGGCUGGAAUAUUCAACAAUGUAGGGGAGGCGAUUGUUGGCACCAUGCGACAAGAUGGCCCAAAGGGAUUUUUUCGCGGCACUGGGGCCACACUGUGUCGCGAGGUUCCUUUCUAUGUUGCUGGAAUGUGCCUCUAUGCAGAAGCUAAGAAGGCAGCACAACAUGUUUUGAAGAGAGACUUGGAAGCAUGGGAAGUAGUGACAGUUGGAGCAUUGUCUGGAGGACUUGCGGCAAUAGUGACCACUCCCUUUGAUGUGAUGAAGACUAGGAUGAUGACUGCCCCUCCAGGCACACCAGUGUCUAUGCAGAUGAUAAUCUUCUCCAUCCUUCGAAACGAGGGUCCACUUGGACUCUUUAAGGGCGCGAUCCCCCGCUUCUUCUGGAUUGCUCCUCUUGGAGCAAUGAACUUUGCAGGCUAUGAGCUUGCCAAGCAGGCAAUGAUCAAAGAUGAGAACAAGUCCAGUGAGUCAACACAAGAGAACUUGCCAAGAAAGCAGUGA